AUGACUGAAGAGACGAGACCCGCGCUUAUCCUCAGGCUGCCGGACGAGCUGCAUCUGCAAUAUGCUCAAUCGUUGAUUGGACCGGACCUGUCUCGCCUCAGCCAAACCUGCAAAGCACUGGAGGCCAAGUUCCGCGACAGGUUGAGCAAGGUCAGGGAAGUGACGGCGGAUGCGCUCACAGAUGUGCCGGAAGCCGUCCAGGGCAGAGACCCGGUGAUCUUGCCGCAUCACCAAGGCCGUUUAUGGGUGGGUUGUCAUGUUGGGCAUAACGGGCAGCGGCAAUACCAUCAAGUAAUUCGACAAGACGGGCGUCAGUACUACCACGACUGCAUGUGGCAGCGACUGUACCGAGUUAUUCAGGCGGGGCGCAUCACAGAGCUGCAGCGCUUCCUGGACGCCGAGGGCAGUCCCAAUUUGCGCCUCCGCUGCGGAACCCCCAUCCUGCACGCGGCCGUGCACGAACACCAAGAUCUGAUGGUCUAUCUUCUGCUGAAGGCCGGCGCUCGGCCAAACGAUAAAUGUCGGAAUGGGAAACGCACGGCGCUAGACUACGUCCGCUAUCCUUCCGUGGGUUGGCACGGUGGUGGAAGAUGGUCUACUGCUGGUGAUAUUAGCCAAUACCCCGCCACUCUUGUUGUUCCCCUUGUUAAAUGGUUUGGUGCUAUCGCCACUAGGUGUGAAACGCUCGAUCACCUGAAGAACUAUCAUGAGUAUGGGGCUGAUAUGUUGGUACGGGCCGUCUUCAAUGGCACGAGUCUCAAGGACAUGAUGGCUUAUCAGGUCCGCAGUAUCCUGCUAGGCAUGGACCCAAGGACCCCAGGGAGGAACAGCCCGCGCCGGGUUCUGUUUACCGAGGAUGAGAUCUUCCAUAUUCUGGGAGACGAGCCCUGGCUUGCCUUGGCCGGUACGGUGGGUAAUGUUGAUUCUAUAUUCGCGAGGACUAUCCAAUCCCACCCCAAAAUAGCGCGCGCGAUGGUUCAGCAUGGGUUGGCUUUGAUGACCGGUCCGAGACCGUGGCUAGAUUUGGCUGUUGAGGCUGGCCAAAUUGAAGUUGUAAGAGCACUUCUAGACCGGCCUGAGCUAGCCCCUCGUGAUGCAGAAUGGAAGCAAGAAAUGAUCCGGGAGGCAGAGGAAUAUCGCCGUGGUACUGCGUGA